GGGCCUGAACGCGACCCAGCCCACGUGACAGAGCUCUCUAACGUUAGCACUCGGUGGCUAACGAGGCGAGCUAAAGAGAGCUACGUUGCAUCGGCCACAGACGAGGCUUCAUUGGGAACGACGAGCGUGUCUGUCCGAGGAGCACUUCCACACACCGUGAGCGCGGGGACGCCAUGCCAGAGCCAGCUGAGAUGAGUGGUCCUGAGGUGGCCAAGACACCAGGAGGAGGGGCCCCAGGGAAGGAGGGGAAAGAGCCAGUGGCCAAUGGGCACGCAGGAGAUGGCAACGACGCCAACCCCUUUGCUGAGUACAUGUGGAUGGAGAACGAGGAGGAGUAUAACAGACAGGUGGAGGAGGAGCUGCUGGAGCAGGAGUUCUUGGAGCGUUGUUUUCAGGAGAUGUUAGAGGAGGAGGACCAGGACUGGUUCAUUCCCUCACGUGACCUCAACAACGCGGGAGUGGGCCAGCUGCAGCAGCAGCUCAACGGGCUGUCGGUGAGCGAGCAGCACAGCAGCCCGGAGGAGGUGGCGAGGAAGAGCGUGUUGAACCCUGAAGCCAAGGAGUUUGUCCCGGGGAAGAAGUACUAGAAGUCCCCCUCACCCCCGUGGAGCCGCACACGUGCACAUUCACAAGCACACACACACACACACUCACACACUCGUACACUCGUACACGUGCACUCGCACUCUCACAGUGUCAUAUUCUCAGAGACUCUGUCGGCUAUGCCGCACUCACUGACCACACGGGGGCGUGUGGGCCCAGUUGGGGGGUGGGGGGACUGCUCUUUCUGUUUUUUUUUUCUCUUUUUAUUUUCUGUUAUUUUCUUGUAAACUGAGGGGUGUUGGGGUAAGGGGUGGGGGGAGUAUUACCAGCACCGCCCUGGUGAGGGCGCUAGCUCAUCCUUUCAGCAGAUAAGGCACACAGAACUCAAUGUCCCCUUUUAAACUAAGGCAGCUACCAGCGGCGUGAUGUCAGGGAAGUCCUCAGACACAAGCCCACGUCCGACUAUGGUCUCCAGCAGAGUCAGAGUGCUUUAGAGGAGCCUCUGAGUUCUGUGUGUGCCCUGCUCUGCUCACAGCCACACACAGGCAGAGCUCCAACCCAACACACCGCUAAUCAUGGAAUACAUCUGCAGGUGCAUUAUGGGAUCAGGUGAAGGGUCAGGUUUUGGGACUUAGACCUUGACUGGGGUGGUUUGAUAGGGAUUGGAGCUCUGUGCUGUGCUCUGCAGAGACCACUUGGUGUUUCCAGUAUUCGACCAAGAGUCCGUAUCUGAUCAGGUUUUCACAGUUUCCUCAUGUUUUGGAGGACGAGGUGUGCGUGUCUCUGUUGGUACAGUAACCCAGAGUCCUUCAGCACUUCCAGGACACUCUGAUGAGCUCUGAGCUUUCAUUGGGCUGGAACAGUCAGACAUGCCUCCUGUAAGUCAGACACAGCUUGUCUGUAAGGUCAUGUGUAGGUUCACAUUUUUUGGGUGAAGUUAGUCUAUAUUUUUAGUUGACAGUGCUGAGUGGUAAAUUCUGCUCAAAGAUGCACUGAGCAUGUGCAGUGGGGGCUGGAGUGAGCAGAGCCUCCUGAAGCUGCUGAGUGACCCCUGGUGAAGCCAACUGGAAUGUCCGCCAGGUGGAUAUGUACAACAUGGAAUCAUUUUGUGAUUUAGUUUUGUUAGUGACCCAAGAGUCCGAGGUCCAGAGACACAGAGUAUGAAUUUCAUUACAAUAAAACCAUGAAAAAAAUAUCAAUAAAGUUGUUAAAGACAAA